AUGGAGCAGAAUGGGUGGAAGUAUGAGGCGAUUGUGGAAAGAAGUUUUAGCAGGCAAGACAGAAAGACAAUGGGAUAUUGGUGUGCUACUCUUGCCAUCUUCAUCCUCAUUCUCUCCUUCUGCAUUUUCUACAUCACUCCUAACAAUCAUCUUUGUUCCCAAAGAAAUGAAGCAAAACCAAUUUGUGAUUUGAAGCAGGAAAGAUCAAAUACCUGCGAAGCGAGCGGCGACAUAAGAGUCAUCGGCAACUCAUCCACCAUUUUUGUGGUCUCCAACGUCGUACAUAGUACCACGUCGUGGACCAUAAAACCCUAUGCUCGAAAAGCCGACCAAUACGCAUUGAGGAGGGUUCGAAGCCUGACCAUCGCGGAAGUGCACCAUUCCGACCAACGCAUCCGACGUUGCACCACAAAGUACGAUGUACCGGCCGUCGUUUUCUCCACCGGAGGCUACGCCGGAAACCUCUUCCACGACUUCACCGACCUCAUCAUCCCUCUCUACCUAACCUCGCAGGAGUUCCAGGGAGAAGUCCAGUUUCUGGUCACCGACAAAAGUACCGUUUGGGUCGACAAGUUUAAGGAAGUGUUGCAAAGGUUGUCAAAACACGAAAUCAUAGACCUAGACCGGGAAAACGACGCCGUCUUUUGUUUUCCAAGAAUCAUCGUCGGGUUAAAAGCCAACAAGGAGUUCAGCAUCAAUAACGUCUCUUCGGAUAAUAAUAUCUCCAUGAAAAACUUCAUGGCGUUCUUGAGAAACGCUUACAAUCUGAAAAGGGAUAAUAUCGUCACAAACGAGAAAUUAUUGCAGCCGCCGCGGCUACUCGUGAUCGCGAGGAACAAAACCAGGCGGCUCUUAAACGCCAACGAGGUUUCCGCGGCGGCGGAAAACAUGGGGUUUAAGGUUGUCGUAGAAGAAACAGACGCGAAUAUGACCCGAGUGUCGAAAAUGGUGAACGGGUUUGACGUGAUGGUGGGAGUUCAUGGGUCGGGGCUAUCGAACAUGGUGUUCUUGCCGGAAAACGCGGUGGUGGUGCAAAUCGUGGGGUUGGGGAUGAAUUGGGUGGCGAGGAAUGACUUUGAGCUGCCUUCAUUAGACAUGGGAUUGAGGUACUUAGAAUACAAGGUUGGUGAGAAUGAGAGUAGUUUGAAGAACUCUAGCUCCAUUGGCUUCAAAGGGUGGAUGGCUUAUACUUUUGCGUACUUAAUUGGGCAGGAUUUUACGGUUGAUGUGAAUAGGUUUAGAGGGACUCUGUUGAAAGCACUAGAGCUUUUGCAUGGUGCUUAA